AUACCGUAUGUAACCAAACUCCACAACUGAAUAAAUAUUGGCGAUAAAUUUUUGAAAUUUUAACGGCUUAUUUUUGGUAUAAAUACGACAGUGCAGCGUCAAAUGUGCAUUAAGUAUUUUGGGUUUCACCGAAAUAUAUCAAUAAACCAAUUGAUUUUAAAAUUUCAGCAACAUGGCCAUGUAUCAUCAAUUAAUCAUCGUCUUAAGCUUAGCUGUGGUUUUGCACGCUCAUACUGUUGAAUGGGAAAUCAAACGCCAAGAAAACUACCAACUUAGCACGGAUUAUUUAAAUGCCGAAACAGCCUGGAUGUGUGAAAAACACAAUUUGGUUAUACCGACUAAUAUCAAAGACAUACCACCCAAACCACUGGCAACGAAAGACUAUAUUGAAUGGGAAGUCGGUACACCACCGCAAUAUCUUAAAAUGUGGCCCGAUACAUUUAGCACAAUUACCCAGAUUCGCCAAAAAACUGGUAGUUUAUUGAGUUUCUCGAGCAAUUCACAAAAUGGACUUGCUUAUAUUGUUAACAUAAUAACUGUUAUUGCCAGUUUUGUAAUUACUAUUACAUUUGGUAGUGUAAAUACACCCCUACAAGUAUUCUCUAAUGAAAAAGAUAACAUCCCACCCAAUGUUGGAGGUAUUUUUGGUGUAGCCAAUAAUGUGGGUGAAACUUCGUUUAUUUAUCAAAUGCUACAGAAGCAGGCGAUUGAUAACCCAGUAGUCACCCUUUCAUUUUUAUACCCUACCAAUGAACGAGCUGGUGUGUUCGCAGCGGGUGCGUGGGAACCCGCAGGUUAUGUACAACGUACAACCGUAAAAGAAUUGGAUAAUUGGAAAAUCGGAAUGAAGUCCAUGUAUUAUGGAAGCAAUCGUAUUGCUGAAGAAUUUCCAGCUAUCAUUGAUUCUACGUGCAGUUCUCUUUCAAUUGGUGAUGAAGCUGUCUUUAACGGUUUGAUGCUGUUAAUUGGUGCCUAUCGGGUGAAUGGUAACGUAUUCUCACUGAGAUGCAGUAGUGUUAGUUCACUGGAACCUAUUCGUAUUACUAUGGGUAAUACUAACGACCUCUGGAUUCAACCCAGCAAUUAUAUUCAUAAAGUAGGCGAUAUUUGUAUAGUUGCAGUCAUACAUACACCUGGCCAGUAUAUCUUAGGCGGUACCGUGCUUUCUGGCAGGGCUACCCAACGCGAUUUCAAUAACAAAACCAUUACAUUUUAUGAGUAAAGAAUUUCUAAAUUUAUAUUUUCACAUGAAAGAUAAUCUACUUUUUUUGAUUAAUCGACUUAUGCUAUCUAAAUAUUAUAUUCAAUAUACCAGACAUAUUAUAUCAAAAUUGUUAAAUGUUAAACUAUAAUUGUAUAUAAAUAAAUAAAUAAAAUUGCUUUGCGAA